GUCAGCACCACGCAUGGAACAAUCCUGCAAGACAAAGAAAAGUGCGUCCUCAGCUGGCGGCGUUCAGCACCUCUUUGACAGCAAAAAAAAGUAGAACAAAAAUGCUAGAGUGAAGGGCCAACGACAACAUAACGAUGACGAGAGACUACAAAAAGCCUUAUACGUCGAGAGAAUUUGUUGAUGCAAAAGGGAUACAAAUCAUAGCAGUUUGAGCUUGCGAAUUCUGAGAGAGUGACACGAAAAUGAAAUCACGAAAGACGCAUGACAUCAUCUAUUUUAAAUGAAGGCGUACUAACCCAGUAUACGAAGCACAAGGAGAGGACCAGUAGUCUAAUUAGAUAGAAGUAUCCUCAUCUUCCUUAUCCAACCCAACUCAUAGCUACUGUUUGAGUUUCAAGAAGGACGCCUCAGCAGAAGUUUUAGAUAAGGCGUAGCUUUUUCCACUAUUCCUACCUUUCCAGAGGAAAAUCUACUAGCAAUUUGAGUGAUCAGCUUUUCAUGAUGAUCAUAGUCUGUUAAUCGUACAACUUAUCUACAUCUACAUCGUUGUUAUUGACCUUGUUUCUUUUUGAAGGAUCUGGUCUGCAUUUUUUUGUGUCAUCUUUUACUGUUUGCGAAACUCACACGACUCAUACAAUUUUUUACAGCUACACUAAGCUAAUUAGAAUUACAUUUUUGGUGGACUUCGCGAUUUUUUGUCAUUUUUAAUCAGUCUGUUUGUUAUCUGACAAAACCUAAAGCUAAGCUGCAUUCCUUGAUGGCAUAAUCGAUCUUUUUCAUUAGACCAUCAUCAUUUUCGUUUUUGAUGCCUCACGUCGACACCGCUUCUUCGUCAAGCAGUGCUGGUGUGGAAUUGAGAAAGAGGUUGGACAGCGUUGGAACACCAGACGACAACAACGCAACGACUGCUUCACAGACCAGUCACAAUCACGCAGAACCGUUUUAUUCUUAUGGGAACUGAUGAACAAGAAGAUGAAGAUGAUGUAGUGCAUUUGAUACCGGAUCUGACUGGCAGUGGUACCUCUAGUACUAAUGCCUCCACAGAAGUGCUAGAAGCAUUAGUAUGUCGUUUACCUCCCAAAUAAUCAAGUGGCACCAACCUAGACCUACUUCCGAGCACAUGUUGUGACUGUUGAUGUUCAUCGUCAUACACUCCUGCUAAUCUUCCUGGUUAGCCUCGUGCUGGCACGAUUUCGUUUAUCAGGAGAUCACAAGCAUCUCCACAGCAACUGUAAUCGUUCUGGCGAUUCACGCGUUCUGCCUGUAUCUGAUCUACCGUGCUCACGCUUCGACAGACCCGGCUGCCGUGAAUUAUAACCUUGCGGGGGACUGGUACUCAAAUCUGAAGGGUCUGAGAUUAUCUUCUUCUAUGAAAGUGCUACUGCUAGAACCCACAGGCCCUCCACGUCCACCUAAAAUCUCUCGGGACCCACCAGACUCCAUCCAAGUGAUCUUAAUCUUCAACCACUUCAACCACAUAAUUGCAGGUAA